UCCCCGUGAUUCGGAACUGGCAGUGUGAUUCGGAACUGACCUAUGAACACGGUUAUGGAAAAUGCAAAGGCCGGUGAUAUUUACCCCGAUUUUCAAAUAAUUUUUGUUAUUUUUCAUUUUAGUAACUUCUGAUCUUCUCACAAGACGAUUAAAACCUACAGUAUCUUCGUGGAUUAUACCGCUAGCAAUCGUUAAUGAAAAUGUGAUCCGGAACUAGGCAAACAACUGUACCUUAUUUCGUGCUUUCGGCGCACUACAUUUACCGCUUGCCGGGAAAAUCAUUAAUAACUUUAAAUAGGUCUACAUAAAACAUUUUGAAUUGAACAAAAAUCAUAAAUCGGUAAUUGUGACGCAGUAGCAUACAAACAAUUACUGGGUAUAAUCAUUGAGUAUGUAAGUACGCUAAUAUCGAACGAGACACAUGUACGUCUCACACAUUUUUUUGAGAGCUCGAAAUGGAUUGGUGUUCAUGUUACCUAUGUUUUGAUUGGAUAAUGGGCUGAGUAUAUAAACUCUUCUCGCAUCUGUAUCGUUCUUGUUUGCUAUAUUACGUGGAGAGCUCAAAGGUGGCGGGAAAUAAUAUUUAUAUAGCCUAAAGGAAAAUAUUGCAUGAUGAGCAGUCCCGUAGCCAAUGGUUGUGGUGACCACACAGAUCUUCAGGCAGAAAUUGCCAUUGAUGACCCCGAAAUGUUUGACUUGAUUAAACAGGAAAAGGACCGCCAAAUGAGAGGUCUUGAACUAAUUGCCUCUGAGAAUUUUGCAAGCAAAGCAGUUCUCCAGUGUUUAGGAUCUUGUCUUACCAACAAAUACUCGGAGGGUCAGCCUGGCCAAAGGUACUAUGGAGGAAAUGAAAUUAUUGACAAGGUGGAGUUGCUGUGUCAGAAGCGGGCAUUGCAGGCUUUUGGAUUAUCACCAGAUAAGUGGGGAGUCAAUGUCCAGCCCCUCUCUGGAUCCCCAGCCAAUUUCGCUGUCUACACAGGUGUUGUGGGGCCUCACGGAAGAAUCAUGGGUCUCCAUCUCCCUGAUGGAGGACAUCUCAGCCAUGGGUUUAUGACACCCACAAAGAAGAUAUCUGCCACAUCAUUGUAUUUUGAGUCGUUCCCAUACAGAGUUUCUCCAAAGACAGGACUGAUUGACUACGACCAGCUUCAUGAGAAUGCGAAACUCUUCCUUCCUAAUAUGAUUAUUGCAGGAGUGAGCUGUUACUCAAGGCACUUGGACUACAAACGAUUCCGAGAGAUAGCUGAUGAAAAUGGAGCAUAUGUGCUUGCAGAUAUGGCCCAUGUUAGUGGUCUUGUUGCUGCAGGAAUUGGUCCAAGCCCAUUUGAACACUGUGAUAUUGUUACCACAACAACACACAAAACCCUCAGAGGACCCAGAUCAGGGAUGAUUUUCUACAGGAAAGGUGUUCGAAGAGUUAAGAAUGGAAAGGAAGAAAUGUAUGAUUUAGAGAAAAGAAUCAACGAGGCAGUGUUCCCAGGACUUCAAGGAGGCCCUCAUAAUCAUCAAAUUGCUGGUGUUGCUGUUGCAUUACAACAAGCAAUGAAGCCAGAAUUUAAAGCUUAUCAACAACAGGUCGUCAAGAAUGCCCAGGCCAUGUGUCAAGCCUUCAUCUCAAAAGGAUACACUAUUGUGUCAGGUGGAACAGACAACCAUCUGAUCCUGGUUGAUCUGAGACCCAAUGGCAUGGACGGUGCCCGAGCUGAACGAGUUUUGGAAUGUGCCAGUAUUGCUUUGAAUAAAAAUACCUGCCCAGGGGAUAAGAGUGCACUCAAACCAAGUGGGCUCCGAAUAGGGGCUCCUGCUCUAACAUCCAGAAAUUUCCAAGAGAAAGAUUUUGAGCGUGUUGUUGAGUUUAUACACAAAGGUCUUGAAAUAACCAAAGAGGCAAUGCAAAAUUGUGGUCCAUUGCUUAAGGAUUUUAAAGCCAAGCUGGUGGAAGAUCAAGUGAUAAAAAGCAAGAUUGACAAUCUACGAGCAGAGGUUGAAAGCUUUGCCCUCCAAUUCCCCAUGCCUGGAAUAGACAACUGGUAAAAUUGAUUCAAGAAAGCUGUUACAGGGAUUGUAUUUAUCUCACAGGUCUACAAAUCCGCGGAAUAUAUGCUUUAAAUGAAUUAACCAUAACAUUAGUGGCAAAUAUUGUGGAAUAUCUGCAUAUUGUAAUAACAUUUUAUGUGAUUCAACUUGGGGAAAUUAUACUGUGCAUUUGACUAUUGGAGCUGUCUCACAAUUUCUUUGAUGUUCAUACUUCAUGUUUUUCGUUCUACUUUGGUAUCCAUGUAUCAUCAUGUGACUGAUUAUACUGAAUCAUGUGUUAAUAAAGUUAUUAUUAUGAA